GUUGAAGAAAUGCGGUCACAUUGCACGGGUUAUUAAUAAAAACGCCUUUUUAACUAAAUAAUUCAAUUAAUUUAACCGAAUAUAAUAAACGACCAGCAAAUCUACGCCAUCAUGAGCAAUACCGAGCCCGGUGUUGAAAGAUUCUCACCGGAGACAAUUCCCAAUUCGGAUAUGGAGGAUACCGGAAGAGCAGAAUCAACGGGCUACGCCAAAAUGGAGAAGGCGCAGAGCGCCAAAGAGGAGGAGCUGAUUUCGAUGGAAACGCUGCGCGAAUCGCCGGAACAGUGGCCGGAAAGGUUUCCGGGCAUCAACGAUUUCGUAACCAUGAGUCAUACACCGAUACACACGCCAAACGUUGAUCGUACACCGAACAUGACCAAAGAAGACAUGGACAAAAUUAAUCAGUUGAUGACGCUGACACCCGAUCAACUGUUGGAAAAGAUCAAAUCGAUGCAGGACGAGAUCUAUCAACUUGGUCUGCGGGAGUCCAAGGAAAUGACACGGGGCAAAAUAUUGGGCAUAUUUAAUCGGCCGGAAAAGGGGAAGAAAUGAGAAAAUAAUCGUUCCAAAUUCUGUUGCCGUAUUAAAUAUAUAGUUGAUUGAUUGAAUUUCUUCCAUACAAAUAUAAAUAUGCGAUUAGCGAUUAAAUAUAAUGCGUAGUAUUAGAAAAAUAAUUGUAAUAAAAGAUGAAUUUCUAUAAGUA